AUGGUGGGAGAGGAGCUGGAACAACAGACAAGACAAACAUCGUUUAAAGACUGCCGGUCGGGGUAUGCUGACAACACCGGAGCAUGUCAGUAUUACAGGCGUCACGUAGUUAUGCCAUACGAGAAGCAGAAAAUAAAUAUAGUGAAAAAGCAAGUGACAGAGGACAUGCUGAAAGAAUAUGUUGAGAUAUUUAUCACUGAGACAGACACCAUUUUAUUGCUGGACAUGUACCCCACUUUUGUCUCCGUGGAAGUUGAUAAUGCAGAAUCUCUCAUAGAGAGAAAUCAUUGGUAUACGGGAAUUUGUAAGACCAGAACAAAAAACGCUAAGUAUGUGGAUCGAUCCAUGCAGACAUUAAACUUUGCAACAAAAAGCAAACAGCUCCAAAGCUACAACACCGUCAUGGUGGAAGCAGCCACCACUGUUUCCUAUUGUGAUAUACACCACAGCUCGGAGGAAGAUGGAAAAACAAACAGGCCUGAGAUUGACUAUGCAGAGGCUAUUCUGGAUGCUAACAAAAGUGCAGAAAGGAGCCUGUCAGUUGGCAGUACAUCUACUUAUGUCAGCACUUCUAACUCCCAGAAAGAAGUUGACGUAUUCAAAAACUGGAUAAACAAUGAGUUGGACUUGAAUUUCAUCUUGUUGUCUGAGAAAUUCCAACAUUCUCUACUUGUAAUGGAGAGGAAUGUCCUGUGGAACAUCUUCCAAUAUCAGUUGGCUGCUUACAGACAAUUUUCCCUAUUAAAAGAACCAGACGGCUUUAAGCAUCCUCAGCAAGUGGAGCAGGAACAUGGGGAUAAAGAAGUUUGUCAAUCUCCAGCCCUGGAAUGUCUAUGGAUUUUCAGUUGUGAGCUUUGCAGAGGAUAUUGCAUCAGCAGCAUGGGUUGGAAUAAGAAGAAUCCGUGGCCUGAGCAUAUUAUCCAAUGUGAGAGUGCUGUGACUUCUCUGGAUUUCUCAGCCACCUGCCCCAGUCAGCUUGCUGUGGGGAUGUACGAUGGCAGCAUAGCUAUCUAUGACUUGCAGAGUCCAAAUAACAAUGAUUGCCCAAAUAAGCACUUUGGGCCAGUUUGGCAGCUCAGGUGGAACAAGCAAGAGCUAAACUUGAUAGGUGAAGAGAAGGAAGAGACUCUCUUCUCUGUUGGUGCAGAUGGCAGGAUCACCAAGUGGUUUGUCCUCAAUGGUGGCCUUGACUGUAUAGACCUGAUGAAACUUGACAAAAUCAGCAAUACAAAGAGGAAAUCUGGAGGAAACAAGACAAAGGAGACAAGAAAAAAAAUUCUGUCUGCAGUGACUCCCGGUCUGUGUUUUGACUUUCAUCCAACAGAUUACAGUAACUACUUGACAGGCACAUGGGAAGGUCUCAUCCACAGGUGCUCCUGUUCAAACAGUCAGCAGUCUUUGGAGACUUAUCAAAAGCAUUUUUCUGCUGUGAACUGUGUCGUAUGGUGUCCACUCCAUCCUGGUAUGUUUCUGAGCUGCGGAGCUGACUGGACCAUCCAUCUAUGGCAUCAGGACCGCCUGAACCCUAUAAUUUGCUUCACCUCUGCCCAUAGGGCCGUGUGUGACAUUAAAUGGUCCCCACAGAAGGCCACAGUAUUCGGAGUUGCUUAUGAGGGGCAGCUUGAAAUCUGGGACCUGAGUUCAAAUUUACUCGACCCAGUCAUAAUAGAGCCUGCUGCUCCUGGCGUGAAGAUGACAUCUCUGAUGUUUGCCUCAGAGACAGACUGUAUUGUUGUUGGGGACAGUGAUGGACAUGUGACUGUCUAUCAAAUCAAGAAUCUCGGUGUUGGGAAGAGAAGCCAGAUGGACGUUCUGGACAACCUCCUCCGCUCUGCAUUUUCCACAUAACUACAAGAGAGUGAUGAUACCCAUGUGUCAUAUGGGGCUAUGUUAAAAAUUCUACAUCUUUGAUAUGAAGAGUGGGCAUUGCAGUGACGAUUGGGCUUCUUUUCUGAUCUUACAGUCAUUUUUGUUGAGAAAAUGUGGAGUCUCCAAAGUGUACUUAGCAUCAUAGGAUAACAGCAAAUCACAUAAAUGAAAUGUCAGAAAAUGCAUUUGAUGUAUUUUAUAAAAUAACUAACAAUUAUUAAACUUAAUAGUCGCUUCUUUGUCUCUCACCAUUUAAAAAUGUUUUACUCUCCAGGUUUACCUUAUUGUCGGACUGAGUAUAAUUCUUUUUCAACACAAUAGAAAAAAUAACU